CCUACGUAGGGUCCUAAACGGCCAUCAGAGAGGGAAACAUUUCGUGUUGUGAAUAUCUGCGAGAAGAACGUCAGAAUGGUCCAAAAUGUACUCAAGAAAAUCGUCGGCCCCAAGUAUAUUAAUAUUCUACGGGCGUGGGUACCAAAUAUGGUUGCAUGGGGAACAGUUGGCGGUGUGGCGCUCAUUCACUUCACAGACUGGCGAUUAAUUCUAGACUAUGUUCCAUACAUUAAUGGAAAGUUCAAGAAGGAUGAGUGAAAAAGACUAUAAAAUGACAGAACUUGGGGAUGGGCGCAUGGGUGAAUUGCUUAACUGGGGAUGCUGAGUCUCAACAGUCAGUCACUGAGGGCUCGAGUUUGGACUUCCAGAGGCACACUGUAAAAACGCUGUUUUGAUGAAGUGUUAUAAGAUGUGAAUAAAUCUUUAAUUUAG